AAUUUGAUCCCUCUAGAUCUACUACUGCAGUAUUUGAGGAUCUCAUGCAUGAAUCUAAAAAAAUACAGGAACAAAUUGCUAAAUAUUUUACUCAUGGACGCCAUAGGAAUAUAUCCCCAAUAUAUAUUUCCCAAAGGUUCUUUGGAAUUGAUAAAACAAUUCGGGAUAAUGCUUCUUAUAUUUCACUUCAUAGAGGAGGUGGGAAUUUAUAUGAUAUUAAAAACAUUAUUAGUCGAUAUACAGAGUAUUCAGAUCAUCUAGCACCAAUCAUAGAUGAUCUAACAUUGAAACAAGAAUUUAUUGUAUUUGAUCUUAGAAGAUCCAAGAAUGAUCCACUAUCAAUCAGAGUUCGAUGGGACAAACCAUUGGAAACCAAAAAUUCUGUAAAUAUUAUUCAAUCAAUAUCUCAGAGUAAAUUUAGUAUUGCUGGUCAAGAAGCUAUAUCUCAAGCAAAAAAAGAAAAUCGCCUAGUAAAGUUUGCUAGAAAUAUGCCAUCCCCAAAUAAACGCAAAGAAUUAUUAUCAGAAGGUAUCCAAGCCAAAAAUAGUGAUACAUGGGCCAGACUUGUUUAUCGAGAAGCUUUUAAUAUAAAAGAUAAAGAUCUUGGUCCUGGAUGGCUCAAUUUUAUUCAGAAAGUUAAGGAGAAUAUAGAGUAUCCAUCUCCUAUAGUCUUGGAAAAAAACUCUCAAUUAUUGCGCUAUAAAGAUCUUUUGGAUUCAAGGCCACUGGAUGAAAAAAAAUAUAUAGAGGGAU